AUGUCACCACCCCCUGUUGUUGCUAUAGCUGUUACCCCUGUAGUUUGCCCUGAUGUUAUUCCUGCUGUUGCUAUAGUUGUUACCCCUGUAGUUUCUUCCGAUGUUACCCCUGUUGUUACUGCUGUUGUUACCCCUGUAACUUGCCCUGAUGUUACCCCUGUUGUUGAUGCUGUUGCUGGUCCUGUUGUUGCUAUAGUUGUUACCUCUGUAGUUUGUCCUGAUAUUAUUGCAGUUGUUACCCCUGUAGUUUCAUCUGAUGUUAUUCCUGUUGUUGCUAUAGCUGUUACCCCUGUAGAUUUUUCUGAUGUUACUGCUGUUGUUACCCCUGUAACUUGCCCUGAUGUUACCCCUGCCGUUGAUGCUGUUGCUAGUCCUGUUGUUGCUAUAGUUGUUACCCCUGUAGUUUGCCCUGAUGUUAAUCCUGUUGUUGCUAUAGCUGUUACCCCUCUAGUUUGCUCCGAUGUUAUUCCUGUUGUUACUGCUGUUGUUACCCCUGUAAUUAGCCCUGAUGUUACCCCUGUUGUUGAUGCUGUUGCUAGUCCUGUUGCUGCUAUAGUUGUUACCCCUGUAGUUUGCCCUGAUGUUAAUCCUGUUGUUUCUAUAGUUGCUACCUGUGUUGUUCGUCCUGGUGUUAAUUCUGAUGUUACUGCAGUUGUUACCUCUGUAGUUUGUACUGAUAUUACCCCAGUUGCUGAUUCUGUUAAUCCUGUUGUUGCUAUAGUUGUUACCCCUGUAGUUUCUUCUGAUGUUACCCCUGUUGUUAUUGCAGUUGUUACCCCUGUAGUUUCUUCUGGUGUUAUUCCUGUUAUUGCUGCAGUUGUGACCCCUGUAGUUGAUGCUCUUGCUAGUCCUGAUGUUGCUAUAGUUGUUACCUCUGAAGUUUGCCCUAAUGUUAAUCCUGUUGUUGCUAAAGUUGUUACCCCUGUAGUUUGUCCUGUUGUUACUGCAGUUGUUACCCCUGUAAUGUCUUCUGAUGUUACCCCUGUUAUUACUGCAGUUGUUACCCCUGUAGUUUCCCCUAAUGUUACCCCUGUUGUUAAUGCUGUUGUUAGCCCUUUUGCUGCUAUAGUUGUUACCUCUGUAGUUUGCCCUGAUGUUAAUCCUGUUGUUGCUAUAGCUGUUACCCCUGUAGUUUGCCCUGAUGUUAAUCCUGUUGUUGCUAUAGAUGUUACCCCUGUAGUUUGUCCUGAUGUUAAUCCUGUUGUUGCUAUAGUUGUUACUUCUGUAGUUUGCCCUGAUGUUAAUCCUGUUGUUGCUAUAGAUGUUACCCCUGUAGUUUGUCCUGAUGUUAAUCCUGUUGUGGCCAUGCUUGUUACCCCUGCAGUUUGCCCUGAUGUUAAUCCUGUUGUUGCUAUAGCUGUUACCCCUGUAGUUUGCCCUGAUGUUAAUCCUGUUGUUGCUAUAGAUGUUACCCCUGUAGUUUGUCCUGAUGUUAAUCCUGUUGUUGCUAUAGUUGUUACUUCUGUAGUUUGCCCUGAUGUUAAUCCUGUUGUUGCUAUAGAUGUUACCCCUGUAGUUUGUCCUGAUGUUAAUCCUGUUGUGGCCAUGCUUGUUACCCCUGCAGUUUGCCCUGAUGUUAAUCCUGUUGUUGCUAUAGCUGUUACCCCUGUAGUUUGCCCUGAUGUUAAUCCUGUUGUUGCUAUAGAUGUUACCCCUGUAGUUUGCCCUGAUGUUAAUCCUGUUGUUGCUAUAGUUGUUACUUCUGUAGUUUGCCCUGAUGUUAAUCCUGUUAUUGCUGUACUUGUUACCCCUGUAUUUUGCCCUGAUGUUAAUCCUGUUGUUGCUAUAGUUGUUACCCCAGUAGUUUUCCCUGUUGUUACUGCAGUUGUUACCCCUAUUGUUUCUUCUGAUGUUACCCCUGUUGUUGAUGAUGUUGUUAGCCCUGUUGUUGCUAUAGUUUUUACCCCGGUAGUCUGCCCUGAUGUUAAUCCUGUUGUGGCCAUAGUUGUUACCCCUGUAGUUUGCCCUAAUGUUAAUCCUGAUGGUACUGUAGUUGUUACCCCUGUAGUUUCUUCUGAUGUUAUCCCUGUUUUUACUGCAGUUGUUACCCCUGUAGUUUGUCCUGAUUUUACCAUUGUUGUUAUUGCAGUUGUUACACCUGUAGUUUGCCCCGAUGUUACCCCUGUUGCUGAUGUUGUUGUUGGCCCUGUUGUUGCUAUAGUUGUUACCCCUGUAGUUUUCCCUGAUGUCAUACCUGUUAUUGCUACAGAUGUUACCCUUGUAGUUUGCCCUGAUAUUACCCCUGUUGUUGAUGCUGUUGUUACCCCUGUAGUUUGUCCCGAUGUUAUUCCUGUUGUUACUGCAGUUGUUAUAGCUGUAGUUUCUUCUGAUGUUACCCCAGUUGCUGUAGCUGUUAUGUUUCCCUUGUAG